AAAGAGGAGACAGGGUGGAGAUUAGAUUAGGAAAAUAAGCAGCUAAAUCUACCAUGCUCAGAUUACUAAACAGGAUAGAGUCUCUCUCUCUCACACACACACACACACACACACACACACACACACACACACACACACAGGUCCAGGUAAUUAGGUGCAGCAGAGACAUGAUGGCUGAGGAUCUGGAGAAGAUCAUCCAGAGCAUCACACAGGGAGACCAGGGGAGCGUCCUGAAGCAGCUGGAGAACUACAACACCGAGUUUGCACAGUGUUUCUUCUUUAAUGUGGAGAAACAAGAGAGGAGAAAGCAACACGAACUGGAGGAGUUCCGCAGGAAUAAAGUGAGAGACUACGUUCCUGACUCAGACUCAGGUUCAGGAGAUGAAGAUGGUGAGGACUCUGACCUUAUUUUGCGCAGGAGGUUGGCUGAAGCUCUGCUCUGGUUCAUCAGGACUCGUCUCCAGCCCGGUGUUCUCAGUGUAUGUUUGCGAACGCUGCGCAUCCUCUCCCGUGACCGCCAGGCUCUCUCACCCUUCAUCACCGACUCGGCCAUCCUCACCCUCGCCGGCCUCGGUGGCAUCAAAACACAACUUCUUUCUCACCAUGGCUUUGACCAUCACGAUGAGGAAACAGAGUCAGGAGGAGAAAAGGUGCAUGGCAUUGCCUCAGAUCCUGUCAGCAACAUGAACUUCCAUCUCCAUCGCUGUGAAGAACACUCAGCAGCUCCUCAGGUAAGCUCCACUCCGCCACAGUGUAUGAGCGAGGACAUCAUGAAGCAGGAAAGAACCAACAGCAUCCACGGUGUAUUGGCGAGAGGAAAGAGGGAUGCCAGAGAGGAGGACGAGGAGGAGAGGAGUGAGUGGUGUGAUGAUGGAGAGGUGUGGAGGAAAGAAGCCAUGAAGACUCUCUGCAAUGUCAUCUACAACAGCCAGAGGGCACAGGAGAGGGCCAGUGCACUGAGACUCCUCUCAGGUCUUUCUGAGAAGCUGAAGGAUGGUAUUCGCUCCAUGUCGCCCCCCAGUGGUCGGUUUUAUGAACUGCGGCUGCUGUUUCUGUUGACAGCUUUAAGACCGGAGCUCAGACGACAGCUGCAGCAGGAGAGGGGUGUGUGCAUGCUGACGGGCUCUCUGGAGCAGUGUUUGGAUGUUCAGUGGGCCGACGUGUACGAAGUGGUGGGCUGGGACGCAGUGUCACCCCCUCUCUGUAAGGAGGUGUCUCAGCGUGUCAUCGAGACCCUGAAAGUCCUGUUCAACGUGACGUACAGCUCACACACACAGCAGCCUGAUGAGGAAGAGGCAGCUCUGUAUCGCCGCCUAGCUGCAGUACUGCGCCACUGCCUGCUGCUGCCCUGCCAAGGCGAGGAACUGACAGAGGAACUGCAAGGGCAGACUGUGAACGUGUUAUCAGCACUUCCUCUGCAGUGUCUGGACGUCCUGCUCACGGUUCGUCUUUCUGAGGGUUCCAGGGAAUCAGGUGGAGUCAACAUGGACUGUGUCCACUCACUGCUACUGUUCAUGGAGAGGAGACUGGACAGAGGUUAUAAGCUGAAGGAGAGACUGACUCCGGUGCUGAACCUUCUGACUGAGAGCUGCAGAGCUCACAGAGAAACACGACGUUAUCUCAGACAGCAGAUUCUGCCACCUCUGAGGGACGUGGCGCUGAGACCCGAGCAAGGAGACACGGUCCGUAACAAACUGGUGAGACUGAUGACGCACGUGGACACGGAGCUGAAACACUGCGCCGCCGAGCUGCUGUUUGUGCUCUGCAAAGAGAACGUGGGCAGGUUUGUGAAGUACACUGGUUAUGGCAAUGCAGCAGGUUUGUUAGCAGCUCGAGGUCUCCUGAGCGGACGGAGCUCGACGCCUCAGACUCAGUACUCGAGCGACUCGGACUCAGACACGGAGGAGUACAGACUGGCCAGAGACAAGAUCAACCUGGUGACGGGCCGAGUGGAGGAACCACAACCUGACCCCAUGGAGGGGAUGAGUGAGGAGGAGAAGGAGGCAGAAGCUGUGCGUCUUGUCGCCAUGUUCAACAGACUGUCCAGGGAUAAGAUCAUUCAGCCCAUUUCGGUGAUGCCAGACGGCCGACUGGCGCCUCUCUGUGGCAGUAUGAGGAACAGCACUCUGGAAGAGGAGGAAGAGGAGGAAGAGGAGGAAGAGCAGGAAGCAGAUUAUGAAGAAGUAGAUUAGGAUGUUAUCCCUGAACCUCCAGAAAUCAGCUCCAGCUCUGAUCCAACCGCUAACAUAGUGGAGGUAGAUCUGAUGGUACAGGGUUUUUGAUCAGUAGAUGGAGAGCAAGAUGAAAGGAUUGUAAAAAGAAAAAUAGAAAAAGAAAAGGGAUAGAGUGAGACGCAGUGCAGAAAAGAGGAAUAAAGAACGUGUACACACAGACCCUUACAACACAGACCACUUCCAUAUACCACAAAGUGUGUGUGUGUGUGUGUGUGUGUGUGUGUGUGUGUGUGUGUGUGUGUGUGUGUAGUCAUAUGAUAGCAGCAUCCCUGCAAGAAAAUCUGUAAUAUUUUUUGAAAAGUUACACAGAGAGAGAGAGAGAGAGAGGGAGAGAGGAGACAAAGAAAGACAGCCAUCAACACAGACAGAAAAAUGCUAGCAAGGUUGCCAUGACUGCGUUGCCAUGGUAACUACAGGAAUAUGUAGUUCUCUGGAUUUGAGAUAUUUUCUCUCUCUCUCUCUCUCUCUCUCUCUCUCUCUCUCUCUCUCUCUCUCUCUCUCUCUCUCUCUCUCUCUCUCUCUCUCUCUCUCUCUCUCUCUCUCUCUUCUCUCUCUCUCUAACUCUCUCUCUCUCUCUCUCUCUCUCUCUCUCUCUCUCUCUCUCUCUCUAACUCUCUUUCUCUCGCUUUCUUGGUCCUCUAUUCCUUUCCCAAGAGUGUUUACCACUGGAUGAGAACUGCUGAGGUUCAGAUCUAAUUCCAUGUGAGCUGUAAUGAAAGAAUAUUAGCAGCUAAAUAAAAUAAAUCAUUUCCUGUUCUAUCAAAA